CUGAUUGGCCAAGGCGCCCACUCCGUCACGCAUGCCGUUUCCGGUGUCCGUGUGUGCGCAGGCUCAGUUCGCUCGUCUGCGCUCUUUUAUUUACUCUCUCUCAUCUAAGAUGGCUGUUCGGAGCUCCUGAGUCCCCCGAGUGAAGCGACCGAGGAUGCUUGCGCCUCCAAAAUCAAUCUUCACCCGGCCAUCCCUUCCCACGCACACCCCGUGAGGCGCGAAGGGGACUGUAGCACCAGAACCGCCUCCGAGCGCCGCUUCCACCCGGCUUGAAGCUCUUUAAAUCAAGUUGUUUGGCGAAGUCGAGCCCUGCCGCUGAGUGCGAGCGAGCGAGUGUGUGUCCAAGAGCACUGAACAUCCAAAUGGCCGAACCGAGAAAAGUGCAGUUUGUCACCCUGUCCGGCGGUCCGGGCGCGGAGGGCAGGAGACGGCGACUGGAGGAGGACGAAGCCGCCGAGAUGAGUUUUGACAGAGACGGCAAAACGAAGAUGAUGGAGACCGGGGUGACGGCAGCGGGUGACCGCGGGGCUUUGAUCGGGAAGAGAGACGGUGAAGAGCCCAAAGGGAAGACCGUGCGCCUCAACCUGUGUCUGUCCGAGCCUAACGAGCAGUGCUCGGCCGAGUUCAACUACAGCGAGCUCAUCCAGUCUCAACAGGCCAAGAAAAAUCCACCAGAUACUAAGUCUUCCCUGGACCCCAACGAUCCCUUUAAUGAUGAUGAGAGAGAACGUCGGGAGGUCGAGGCACUGGCCAAAAAGUUUGAAAGCAAAUACGGUAACGCAGGGAAAAAGAGGCGGAAAGAUCGGAUGCAGGAUUUGAUUGACAUUGGCUUCGGCUACGAUGAGAGUGACCCCUUCAUAGACAACUCGGAAGCUUAUGAUGAGCUUGUUCCAGCCUCUCUGACCACCAAGCUCGGUGGAUUCUACAUUAAUACGGGUACUUUGCAGUUCAGAGCUGCUUCAGAUUCUGAGGGAGAGGAUGGGGGCAAAGAAGAAAAAUCCAGGAUGAGAGAUGGAGAGGAACCACUGAUAAAAAGAAGGAAGAAGAAAGAUGCAACCAGUAUAGAGGAGAAAAAACCCAGGAAGAACAAAGUAGCUAAACAAGGAGUGUCUGGUCUGAGCCUUCAUCGCCCUGAGAAGAAGAAGAGGAAGAAACUGAUGAAGGAUUCGCUCUGUCUGGCUGCAAUGCUCCGCCGUUUCACACGAGAGAAGGAAGAGAUGCGGAAACUGGACGCCAGUGCGUCUCAUCCGGGGCCUGGUCUCACCAACACUCCCAACUCCAACAACUUACUGCACAACUCCCAUCUCCAAAUCAACACCAACAACAAUGACCUUUCACUAGCCGACCUGACGGCUGACCCCGCCAUGAUGUCAUUGUUUAGUUCGGCCAAUGAAAGCGAGCUUCAAGAUCUCAUGUGUGACCUGGAUUUUAGUUUUUUGGACGCAGGGCCCCAGAUGCCCCCAUCAGCCAGAGAGAAUGGACAGGUUGGCUUGGGUACAUCGUUGGGGCACAAGAUUGGAGGAGGGGGACUGAAUCGAGGGCAGGGUGGUCUCCUCUCUUUUCCACCUCUCCCCGAUGGUCUUCCAGCCCCUUUGAUCAAGCGCAUAGAAGACCUCCGAGCUGCAUCGAGGCAAUUUGAUCAAGAAGGCAGAAAGAAAUUCUUCACUCUGGAUAUGAAUAAUAUCUUGCUGGAUAUCGAGCUGCAGGUUCAGGAGCAGCCGGCAAACAUUCGUUCUGAGGUGUACUCUCACCUCGAAGCCUUUGUGCCCUGCAACAAGGAGGCGCUACUAAAACGGCUCAAGAAACUCAGCCUCAACAUCCAGGAUGACCGUCUGCGCACGCCUCUGUUAAAGCUCAAACUCGCCGUGUGUAGCGUGAUGCCAGAGCAGAUCUCCAGAUAUAACAUGGACUGCAUGGCAAAAGCUGCAGCUAAGCAGCAGAUAGAAGAUGGAGAGAAGAACGGAUCGGAGGAUGAUGAUGAAGAGAAGCCAGGAAAGAGGGUGAUGGGACCGAGGAAGAAGUUCAUCUGGGAUGACAAACUCAGGACUCUGUUGUGUAACCUGGUGCGUGUGAAGCUGAGCUGUUAUGAGCUGGAGCAGUGCUCUCUGUCUGUGGAGGACUAUCUCAAAGCCUUCAUGGAGAAUGAAGUCAAGCCACUCUGGCCCAAAGGCUGGAUGCAGACCAGGAUGCUUUUUAAGGAGAGUCGUGCGGUACAUGGUCACCUCACUGGACUGGGCAAGAAAAGGAUCGUUCCAACCCCAAAAGCUGCCAAAAUGAUGGACGUCAGCUGGACACAGAGACCCGCUCCAGGUGUUGGAUCCACCUCGGCCUCGCCUGCCUUACCCGCCCCAGCAUGCAGGCCGCCCUCCUCCCCCUCUGAACUCAUCUGCCUCUCGGAUUCCCUGGAUGAGGAUCUGGCCGCUAACUCUCUAGACUCCAUUUCCCAAGCACUCGCUCUCCUCAGUAACGCUGCCAAGGGACUGACGCCAAACAAUGGCGUUCCCGCCUCCUCCUCUCCCAGUGUCCCCAGAUCCUCCUCUGGAGUCAGCCACUACUCCUCACCUCUGUCACAUUCCACCCUUCCAGCAAAAAUAGAGUCUUCUGGUAUCUCAAAGGCGAAUAUGAGCACUCUAACUACCUCUCCUUCCCUCUCCUCUCCGCUCGCCUCGUCUCCUUCUUCCUCCAUGCGAGGCAAGAACUUCGGGAUGCUAAAGAAUGGCGGGCCUGUGCAGAGACCCUUGGGAACGCCCACUCACAGAGCUGGUAUUUCAGGAAUGAGCACGGCGCAGUCUGCAAAACCCCGUCCGCCCCCUACGGCCUCGCCCCUCUUGCCCCCGCAGCAGAGGUCAUUUGGGGCAAUGGGAGUGAAGUUGGUUCAGACUCCGCCACCUGUUGGACAAACAAAAAACUGUGCUAACAAAUCCACUACUGUUGGUGGCGGUCCCGUGGUUUCCCAGCAGCCUCGUCUGAACACUCAUCCCUCUCAGAUGAAUCCCAAGAGUCCUCAGCAGUCUCUUCCUCCGGCCACUUCCUCUCCUUCCUCUCUACUAUCAAUGCCACACAACCAGUCAAACUUCAUCACGCCCAUGCAGGCCACGCUCACCAAGUCUUCCCACAGUAGCAGCUCUCCUGUUAUCAAACUCACACCACGACCCCCUGCCCCUACUCCUCCUCCUUCAUCCUCACCCUCGUCAUCCUCCUCAUCUCCUUCUCUCACCCAUCCCAGACCUCAAAUGAUCCCGAGCUCGCACCAAUACAACCCCAAGAGUCCAACCUUCAGGCCGCAGUUUACCACACAAGGAACCGCAGUGGUCAGAUCCGGGUCAGGACAGGCCAGUUACAGUUUUGCAGGUGGACACAAAUCCAGUAGUCCAUCCACCGGUGGCGCAAACACCACCAGCACCGCCCCGAUGGCCUCAUCCCUGUCUGUAGGGUGCCAGGACGGUAGCCCCUCCCCUUCAGCAGUCCCUGCCAAUCACAGCCAGCGGCAGAGGCCAGUGGGAGGGACUAGUCAGAGUGCCAAGUCUACAACGAGUCGGGCAUCAGCCAUGAGCCUGCCCUCUCCUCCGGUCUCCUCUCAUCUGUCACAUGUGUCUUCAGCUUCAGGAAGUAACCUCUUGGGCUCAGUGGCCCCCUCCCUCCCCCUGGGUUUCGGGAUGCUCGGGGGUCUAGUGCCUGUUUCUCUACCCUUCCAGUUCCCCUCGCUCCUCAACUUCAACCCUGCAGGUCCUGGGGUUCCUGGCUGCAGCAACAUGGGAGCUUCAGCCGCUACCAACUCAGGAUACACCCUGGCACAGAAUGCAAACCAAAGCCAGGGGGGAGACACGAAGAGGAAGUCCCACUGACCGCCACAGCCAGAAUGUAGAAGUGGACACCGCUGGCGACGGAUGUUUUCAGCUGCUUGGAUGAACACACACUGCGCUUUCGUUCAUCAUUGACCCUUCUUCUUCAGUUAACGUCAUUCUGCUUUUAAUCGAUCAGUGUUCUGGACGAUUGGAGAGAGCGGGGUGCAUUCGAAUUUUUGCUGUUUGUCAACAUGUUUACACAAGACCUUAAUCACUGUGGACAUAGAGCUAGAGGAAGUGAGAGGAGUACGAAACAAAGCAACAUCAUUUCUAUUUAAGUUCACGUCGGCUGGAAACUUGUGCAUUCCUGUGUUUCUUUUCUUUCCUAAAGGGAUGGGAUAGUCCAACCGUUUCCUUCGAAGACUGUUAGAAUAGUAGCUGUUAAUAAUACAAAUGGGUAAAUUAUUUAUAAUUUUUCGACAGGGACAUAUUAUGAUGUUUAAGUGUAUUAAUAGAAUAAAAUGGGUAUGUAUAUAAAAUAUACAUUAAUAUUAUGUGAUCUAUUUUCUUUCGAGGUCAGUAUGUAUGAUGUCUUGCUGUCUUUGGUGCUGCGUAUCUCACUGGACCUUGUGAAAGAAAAAAAAAACAUUCUUUUAUGGAUGAAUGAAUCUUGUGUGAAAGCGUUUCAUAGAGAAAUUAUGAGAUUAUAGCCUACUUGAAUUUUCAGUUUAGUUUUGCUUAAUAGAAGUACAAGAACUCCCAAGACUGUCAAUAAAACGCCUUAGUUUGUAAGUUUGAAUAACUAUGCAGGACUGUAAAUGUUUCAGUGCAAAGUAAGCUAUUGCGUAGAGCUCCACUUUUGACGUUAGUUGUGUUUGUGUGUUUGCCCUGUUACAUCACUGGACCGUUAAUUCUUCCUUCCCACGUCUCUGUUCCAUUUCAUCAUUUUACCUGUUCAUUUCAAAAUGUCUGGCACUGCUCGCCUGCAUCUUAUGACUGUGUUCAAAAGAGAAUUGGCGCCAAAGAUGACAGCGUUCACUCGGAGGUGAGAAGCAGCAGGUCAGGUGUCUGUCUGUGCCCAGUGUAACAAUCUUAAAUGUGUGGUCUCUGGUCGUCUCUGUGGAUAUUGUGAUGAACUGACUUUUAAAAUCCAAAUUUAUAUUGCUUUAUUUUAUUUUCUAAAAAUGUUGAAGUGAGUGGGCGUAAUUUUAACUGGCGCUCACCGUGAAAAUUCUUACUUGGGUAGAUUAUUUUUGUCUUGAUUCGGGAAUUCAAAUGCUGUCAUUUUUGUUUCGAGUACAAGCUCUAAAAAUUAAUUCAAUAAAAAACAUUGGCGGA